CUGAUCAGGUGGGCUGAGGGUGCCCAAAAUCCUUUCCUAAGACAGGAAAAUACUCAAAUCUUCUCGAGCUGCUGGCAGUUCAUGCAUCAGCAGUGCAGGUGCAGGCACCGGUCAGUCAGUAGUAGGGCGAGCAGCCAGGACCCGCUUCCAUUUUUUUUCCUAACUCUUGGAUUUUAAACAGAGGGACCCAAGUCGGGGAAAAGUAGGAUGGGGGCCGGAGCUAGCGCUGAGGAUAAACGCUCCAGAGAGCUGGAGAAGAAGCUGAAGGAGGAUGCUGACAAGGAUGCAAGAACUGUCAAGCUGCUGCUGUUAGGGGCUGGAGAAUCAGGCAAGAGCACAAUCGUCAAGCAGAUGAAAAUUAUUCACAAAGAUGGUUACUCACUUGAAGAGUGCUUGGAGUUUAUUACCAUCAUCUACAGCAACACCCUGCAGUCCAUCAUGGCCAUCGUGAAGGCCAUGAACACGCUCAACAUUAACUACGGCCACCCCGAUCAGCAGGAUGACUCCAGGAAACUCAUCCACCUUGCAGACACCAUUGAGGAAGGAACCAUGCCCAAAGAAAUGUCAGAUAUCAUUUUGCGUUUGUGGAAGGAUUCYGGCAUCCAGGCGUGCUUCGACAGGGCCUCAGAGUACCAGCUCAACGACUCGGCUGGAUACUACCUAAACGACUUGGAGCGACUAAUCCAACCAGGCUACGUCCCCACUGAGCAGGAUGUGCUACGAUCAAGAGUGAAGACAACUGGUAUCAUUGAGACCCAGUUCUCCUUCAAAGAUCUCAACUUCCGAAUGUUUGAUGUGGGUGGCCAGAGGUCAGAGAGGAAGAAGUGGAUCCACUGCUUUGAAGGUGUCACCUGUAUCAUCUUUAUUGCUGCUCUGAGCGCCUACGACAUGGUGCUGGUGGAGGAUGACGAAGUGAAUCGAAUGCACGAGAGCCUGCACUUGUUCAACAGUAUCUGCAACCACCGCUACUUCGCCACCACCUCCAUCGUACUCUUCCUGAACAAGAAGGACGUGUUCACCGAGAAGAUCAAAAAAGCUCAUCUCAGCAUGUGCUUCCCCGAGUACGAUGGCCCCAACACUUACGAGGAUGCUGGCAACUACAUCAAAAUACAGUUCUUGGACCUGAACUUGCGCCGAGACGUCAAAGAGAUCUACUCCCACAUGACCUGUGCUACAGACACAGAAAACGUCAAGUUUGUGUUCGAUGCCGUGACAGACAUCAUCAUCAAAGAAAACCUGAAAGACUGCGGUCUCUUUUAAGAGCCAGGCAGAGAAACGGAACAAGGGAUUCUAUUGUAGUCUGGUCACAUUCCUCAAAUCCCUCCGUGGUUUAACGAAGACUGAAGAUGAAAAUGCUCCAUAACAGCAAAUGCAAAAACUUUUAUUCAUUUUGAUUAAACUCGUCACCUGGGAGUUGAAGAAAACUCUUCAGUCAGAAAAUCCUGUGCAGAUUUAAAGACAAAUUUUUAGUCAAACUAUUUUCCCCCUCUGAUGAAAUCCUUGGAGGGUACGCUUUUUUUCCCAGCUAAAUACUUUUUUUACGUUUAAAUGUAAGAACAUGAAUAGAUGUUCCAGUUAAUGCAGUGUCUCUAAGCUCCAGUAUUCAGUUUGCACCAGAAAAAGCAAACAAGAUAAACUCAUCACCUGCAUACGCACUUCAGCCUCAACUAAACAAAAAAAUAAGUUGUAAGUAGAAAUGACUUACACUUACAACUUACAAGUCGUAAAUUUAAGCUUUUUUUAAGGAAAGCCUUAGAAAAUWAUUUUAUAGUUGUUGGAAAUGUCCAGUGUACAGUAUAUAAUCAUUCAGAUUUCCAGAAUUAUGCCAUUUACUCUUGAGUUACAGAUGUGUCCAGCUUUAAUUUUCAAGGACCCUGCAUCAUUUUUGAGUUCAUUACAGAGAUGACAGAAAAUAAUGUACAGAUUAAAUAAAAUUGUUAAAGCUUCUGUAGAAAAACUCAGGUCUGUCGUGUCAUUUUUGACAAGCAACACAGUGUUUUGUUCAUGAUCAUUUAUUCGAUUUCCACAGUUUUUCAAGUUUCUUGCUAGCACUGAACAAACUUGUUUUACAAAACUUUUUUUGAAUUAUCCCUUUCCUUUUGUGUUUUGCAGUUUAAAAAAAUGCCAGCAAAACAAAACACGCAUUCACUCGAAAACAAAACUUCAUUGCAACAAAUAAGAAUGGCUUUAAUACGCAAAUGAGAAGAUUUGUUUAUACCGUUUACAGUUUCCAAAUUAAAAAAAAGACACAUUUUAAUGCAGGUCCUUACAAGACAGACAAAAGCUGGUUUGUUGUCUCAUUUCAAUCAGUCACAGAUUGGUAACAAAACCAAACUGUUAACAUAAAACACGUUUUUUUUUUUUACUUUUGCUAAUCUAUGUCUUGUUUUGACAACUCACCAUAAGACAUUUUAAAAUUUGUAUAAAUUUAUUAAAAAACAAUGUGUUCAAUGGUAAACUGAGCUCAUGUACAUACAGCAGAACAAUGAUGUUUUGUGCCAUGUUAACUUUAUAUUCUGACUUGUUUAAUCAGUUUUAUUAUAUCAGUUCCUCUCUUAUUUUGUCACAACUUACUUAAGACAUUAACAUGCCAUUUUUAGGCAACUAACUGAGUGGCCAAUAUUUUUUUCCUACCAACAAAGUGACUGUAGAUUUUCAAAAAUCUUUAACAUUUCACUUUAUAAAACACAAUUAAUCUCACUCAUGAAUCACUGAUAUGGCCUUAAACAAUUUAAAAAGACUUCCAACAAUGAACAAYAUUUCAAAGAAAAAAAAAUAAAACUGUUGUUUAAAUUGUGAUGAAUCCUGAAAAGUAGCCCACACAAUCAAAUUACAAAUGAGAUGUUUAUCUUAUUGGACACUAAAAAACAUUUUUUUUCACCAUGUCUAAACUAAUGAUGCAUAUUCUUUUUACAACUCAGUGCUGUGCUUCUUUGAUCUUGAAUAACAAACAUUGGCAACAUAAAUCCUGAAGGCUAUUCUGUCUAUAGUAAACAUUACAAGAAAGUUUAUUUCUUAGAAAAGCAUUCAUUGAUUUAUGUAUUUUGAUUCAACCCUGAGUUCUCACUACAUGACAAUUAUUAGGUGCAUUUAAAAGAAACAGCAAAUGAUAACUUGAACAUCCUCUACGUCAAUGAAACAAGUAACACCUACAAAAAAAAA